AGUAGAGCGUGUCGCUGCUGGGUCCUCUUCCCUCGCUCACAAUGGAAGGAGUUCGCUUGCCCCUCGGGGAGCUAGCGUUCCCGAGUGACAGCCCCGGUGAGGGUGGGGGUGCUGUCUGAUGGCGCGACAGCUUAUUUUCCGAUUUGUGCGUGUAUGUGAAUGGAGAGCUGGGUUGGGGACUCUCCGAGCAGUUCUCCCUUCGUCCGAACCUUGGAGCUUCUUCGCUUGAAAGCUCAGGCUUCGAGGGUCUUUGAAAGGGGGCUGGUGACCUCUGCCUGUGCCUCUGCUCCCUCCGGAGAUUGUGUUGGGGCUGCCUCUGAAGAGAGAAUGGCGUUCAGCAAAGGAUUUCGAAUCUUUCAGAAACUGGAUCCUGCACCAUUCAGUCUCUUAGUGGAACCUAGAAAUAAGGAAGAAUGUCUCCUGUUCGAGUCUGGUGCUGUAGCAGUGCUCACAUUCGCAGAAAAAAUGGCAAUCAAAAACAUGUAUUCCAAAGUAUUGGAUGCAUAUGGACUCAUAGGUGUAUUACAACUGAACCUUGGUGAUAUAAUGGUACAAUAUCUGGUUCUAGUCACGGGUUGCAUGUCUGUUGGAAAGAUUCAAGAAUCUGAAGUAUUUAGAGUUAUUUCCACUGAGUUUAUAUCCUUAAGAACUGAUUCUUCAGAUGAAGAUCGCAUUUCAGAAGUUCGUAAAAUUUUGAAUUCGGGAAACUUUUAUUUUGCAUGGUCUGCAACUGGAACCAGUUUAGAUUUGAGUCUUAAUGCCUGUCGUGGCAUUCAAGCCUACACCACUGAUGAAAGAUUUUUCUGGAAUCAAUCACUACACUUACAUCUCAAGCACUAUGGUGUGAAUUGUGAUGACUGGUUAUUGCGCCUUAUGUGUGGAGGAAUUGAAAUUAGAACAAUUUAUGCCGCUCACCGUCAGGCAAAAGCUUGCCUUAUUUCACGUCUAAGUUGUGAACGAGCUGGGACCAGGUUUAAUGUCCGGGGAACAAAUGAUGAUGGUCAUGUUGCUAAUUUUGUAGAAACAGAACAGAUUAUAUAUUUAGAUGAUGCAGUAUCUUCCUUCAUACAAAUCCGUGGAUCUGUACCAUUGUUUUGGGAACAACCUGGCAUACAAGUGGGAUCUCAUCGUGUUCGAAUGUCAAGGGGAUUUGAAGCCAACGCACCUGCUUUUGACAGGCACUUUAGAACACUUAAAAAUUUAUAUGGCAAACAAAUCAUUGUAAAUUUACUUGGAACUAAGGAAGGUGAAGAUAUGCUAAGUAAAGCCUUCCAGAGCCACUUGAAAGCUUCUGAACAUGCUUUGGAUAUUGAAAUGGUCAAUUUUGACUAUCAUCAACUGGUUAAAGGAGGAAAAGUAGAAAAAUUACAUAGUGUGCUUAAGCCUCGAGUCCAAAAGUUCUUAGAGUCUGGAGUUUUCUGUUUCGAUGGAACUGCAGUUACCAGAUCUCAGGAUGGUACGAUUCGAACAAAUUGCUUGGAUUGUCUAGAUAGGACAAAUAGUGUGCAAGCUUUCUUUGGCUUAGAGGUUCUACCCAAACAAUUAGAAGCCCUUGGCUUAGCUGAAAAGCCUCAGUUGAUGACUCGUUUCCUAGAAGUUUUCCGAUCAAUGUGGUCUAUGAAUGGUGACUCAAUCAGCAAAAUUUAUGCAGGCACUGGAGCUUUGGAAGGCAAAGCAAAGUCUGGAAAGUUAAAAGAUGGUGCUCGUUCUGUAACCAGAACAAUUCAGAACAACUUCUUUGACAGCUCCAAGCAAGAAGCCAUUGAUAUUUUGCUGUUGGGGAGUACUUUAAAUAGUGACUUGGCAGAUAAAGCUCGAGCACUCUUAACUACUGGAGGCUUAAGAGUUUCUGAGCAGACAUUGCAGUCAGCAUCUCCAAAGAUACUAAAGAGUAUGUGUGAGAACUUCUAUAAAUAUACAGAACCCAAGAAAAUUCGAGUGUGUAUUGGAACCUGGAAUGUGAAUGGUGGGAAACAGUUUCGAAGCAUUGCCUUUAAGAAUCAGACACUUACUGAUUGGCUACUAGAGACUCCAGUGUUAACUAGUAUCCAAGAACUUCAAGAUCAAAGAGAUAAGCCUACUGACAUAUUUGCAAUUGGUUUUGAAGAAAUGGUAGAAUUAAAUGCUGGAAAUAUUGUGAGUGCAAGUACAACUAAUCAGAAAUUAUGGGCUGUUGAACUACAGAAGAUUCUCUCCAGAGAUAGAAAGUAUGUGCUGCUGGCUUCAGAGCAAUUGGUAGGCAUCUGUCUCUACGUUUUUAUCAGACCCCAACAUGCUCCUUUCAUCAGGGAUGUUGGAUUUGAUACCGUUAAAACUGGAAUGGGAGGUGCUACUGGAAAUAAAGGAGCAGUUGCAAUACGGAUGUUAUUCCACACCACUAGCCUUUGCUUUGUCUGUAGUCACUUUGCUGCAGGCCAAUCACAAGUCAAAGAAAGGAAUGAAGAUUUUGUAGAAAUUGCCAGAAGAUUGAGCUUUCCUAUGGGGAGGAUGUUGUUAUCACAUGACUAUGUAUUUUGGUGUGGUGAUUUUAAUUAUCGUAUUGAUCUACCAAAUGAAGAAGUUAGGGAAUUAAUAAAACACCAGAACUGGGAUUCACUUAUAGCAGGAGAUCAGCUUAUCAAUCAGAAAAAUGCUGGACAGAUCUUUAGAGGAUUUUUAGAAGGAAAAAUAACUUUUGCUCCUACCUACAAGUAUGAUUUGUUUUCUGAUGACUAUGAUACCAGUGAGAAAUGUCGCACUCCAGCCUGGACAGAUCGCAUUCUUUGGAGAAGAAGGAAAUGGCCCUUUGAUAGAUCAGCUGAAGAUUUAGAUCUUCUCAAUGCUAGCUUUCAAGAUGACAGCAAAGUCCUUUACACUUGGAAUCCUGGCACUUUGCUGCAUUAUGGAAGAGCUGAGCUGAAGACUUCUGAUCACAGACCUGUUGUUGCACUGAUCGAUAUAGAUAUAUUUGAAGUGGAAGCUAAAACACGACAAAUUGUUUAUAAGGAAGUCAUUGCCACUCAAGGACCAACAGAUGGCACAGUAUUGGUCACCAUCAAAAGGUCAUCAUCAGAAAAUAAUUUUUUCGACGAUAGCUUGAUUAAUGAGCUUCUCCAGGAGUUUGGAAACCAUGGUGAAGUUAUCCUCAUAAGGUUUGUAGAAGACCAGAUGUGGGUAACAUUUUUGGAAGGAAGCUCUGCCCUGAAAGUUCUGAACCUAAAUGGUAAAGAGUUUUUAGAUCGACUCAUAAGUAUUACCUUAAAAAACCCAAACUGGAUUGCUGAUUUGGAGAAAGAAAUAAAUUUGGAGAAAAUUAGUAUUACAGUGCCACCAUCAGCUAGUUCAACUUUGCUUGGUGAAGAUGCAGAAGUUGCUACAGAUUUUGUUAUGGAAGGUGAUGUUGAUGAUGAGAGUGCAGAAGUAGAAGAAAUUCUUCCUCAGCAUCUACAGCCAACUUCAAGCUGUGGUCUUGGAACUUCCCCGAGCUGUUCACCUCGGUCCAGUCCCUGCCAGUCCCCUACGAUAGCUGAUGUUCUGCCCCCUCCUCUUCCUGCCAGACCAACCCGAUCAAAAACUUCUACACUUCCAGUUUCUCCUCUUCCUUCACAGAGCAAAUUUCCUGAUUCUCCUAGUGACACUCUACCAGUAAUAACAACGAAAGAAGCUGGCUUUGUUUUGGAGCCUAAACGUCCUCCUCCUCCUCGACCAGUUGCCCCACCUGCACGUCCAGCUCCACCACAAAGACCACCCCCUCCUUCAGGGAAUAGGAGUCCUGCACCUUCUAGAAAGGAAUUUGGAGGUCUUGGAGGCCCUCCCAGCCCUGGGGUAUCUAAGAAAGAUAUAGCAGCACCAAAAAGCCCUGGAACAAUAAAAAAAGAUAGUUCAGGACAAAAUGAGUCCUUUCCUCAAGGAGGAUCAGUAAGCCCAGGAACUGUUGGAAGCAGUGUAGCCAAACCGGCUAUCCCACCCCGUGUUGGAAUUAUUAGCGCACCACAAACCCUUUCCCGUGCUACUACUGGAAAGAUCGCCACUGAAGCCCCAAAUAAAUCAUCUCAAGCACCAAAAGGUUCAUCUUUACUCCCUGAACCAUUAAAGCCUCAGACCGUUGCUCCUGCCCCACCUUCCUCUUCUUCAUCUAUUCAGAAGAUGCAGGAGCCUCUCAUUCCUAUGACUUCAUCCAUCCCUCAACCCACUUCUCAACAAACCCUUGAAGCCCCACCACAGCCACCACCUCGUAGCAGGUCAUCCCACAAUUUGCCCCCAGAAUCUUCUUCUUUGCAGCAGCAAAUAAAAACAGAUGAAACAUAUGAUAUGCUUAGAGGACAACUAAGCAGUGACCUUUCAUUUAAUCCGAUUGUUCCAUCAAAGCCUCAGACAUCUGUUCUAUCCUCACAAGCUCUAUCUUUAAACAAAAAGGAGUUAAUUAAGUUGCCUUCCAAAUCACAAAGCUUUGCUUAUUUUAUGAAUGAUGAAAAUUACUUACAAGCAAUGCCAGCUGUCUCAGCCGAAAGCAUAUCCCAGGAAGACAGAAAAAGUUCCUUAAACCCUUUUGUUCCUGGCUUAAACAACACAAAUCCUUUCACUGUUAGAACUACUUUUGGAAAUCCAUUUCGAAGUGAAUCUGAAGUAAUUUCACAAUUCCCAAAAGAAGAACCUAUUAGCUGUCCUUCCUCCACUUCACAUCUUCUUAGUUGUAAUGUAAGUGAGGCUUUGUUGCCCAGGGAUGGAUUUGAGGACAGUUUUGAUUUGCAGAACUUCUCUUCAGCAGUGCAAAACAGCAUCAAACCAAAAGGCUGGGUAACUUUUGAGGAAGAUGAUUUCCGUGUCAAAGCGAAAUCAAAGGACAGUGCCACAGAGUUGAAGAGAGUCGGUUCUGAGAAGUCAGCUGGUUGUCCAGAUUUACUCAACUCUCGAUCAACUUCGCUUCCUGACUCAAACUUUUCAUUGGACUGGAAUAAAAAUUCCACUGUUUCUUUCUGUAUGUUGCCAUCAAGAAAGCCACCUAAACCUCCUGUUCCAGUAGUAACAUCUAACACUACAGCUCCUAUAGAGUCUUUGACCUCUUUGGCAUCUAAGACUUCAUCAACAGUAGAUUUUACAGAAAGAUAAUUUUAUGAGAUGAAAGGUCUUUCUGGCAAGAUAGAGCUGAAAAAAUGGGCAUUAAAGUUAUACUAUGUGCAAUACCUAAAUGCACUGAUAUCUUCAUGAAAUACCACUCUUUAAUGUGUACAAAUUUAAUAUGUAUAUUUUGGGAGUACACAAAGAUAAUUCUCAUUAUGCAUUUGAGUUUGAGCGUGUUUAUUGGGAUAGAUAGCCAAAAUGAUUAGUUAUUCAUCCCAGUUUAAAAGUGCUUAAAGCUACUUUUAGGAAUACUACUUAUUCUUGAAAUUAUUUCUUAUUCUUUCCCUCUAAAGAAUAUGAAAAAACCCUGAUAAUUUUCACCUCACAUAAUCACCAUCCUCUUCAAACAUCAGAUUAGCAACUGAUAUUUAUUAAUAUUUACCAAAGAACUUCCAAAAUUAUAUUGAAAAACACUUGACAGGUAUUACUUUUUUUAUCAUAUAACAAAUUAUUUGCAUAUUUGUUAACCUCGUUUUAUUUAUAGAGUCAAUUCAGAUUUUAAUUACCUUCAGUGCCCUCUUGUAGUCUUUUGGUACCAAUGAAGAUGAUUCUAAUUAUAACUGAGACACUUUACAUUUCAGUUGUUAUGUGGAAUAUUUUAAUUUCCAGUUUCUUAAAGCUUUUCUUCCCCAAAAUGAGAAAAAAUACACUCAAGAGCUCAUUUUUUUUUCUGUCCCAGACUUAAAGAGGACCUCAGUGGAGCCAGAAGUUGAUUGUCACAUAUGGUUACCUAGAUUGCCUUGAAACUCUUGUGGACCUGGGGAAAACAACUGGGGAAGCAAGUGUUGCAAGGCCUGUCUGAUAGCAUUUCAACUCCUAGUCUUAAAUAUGAGUCUCUCCUUGUUAGGCACAUUUUACCCCAAACCCAUCCUCAUUGCUGUAUUUGCUGCUUUAAUUCUAAGACUUUGCCAUUAGCAGUCAAAGCAGUGGACCUCAAAGCUGAUGACACUGCUUUGAAUGGAGGGUGUCCUCUGCUAAUACCUUCUUAAUCCCAUUAAGAGUCGCUGUCCCAUAUUACUAAUGCCAAACCCUAAGUCAGCUGUGGAUUUUAUCUCCUGCAAUGCACUGCCAUUAUGCAAUUGAUCUUGCUUCCAUUCUUUUAGCCAGAAGUGUGCAAAAUUUAUACAAAAUGGGGUAUUUUGAUAUCAUUAAGUAAACACAAGCAGAAAAUUCCUUUCGUAAUGUUUUUGUUGGGAGUACAAACUAAAGCGACCCUUACCUUAUAAAAAUGUCACCAGAUGUGAUUUUUUAAAUCGGCAUAGUUUAUGCAUGUUGUUGCCAUGUCACAGUUGAUCUUUAGUCGGAGAAAGAAGGACUCUCACUUUUAUUGGCAUAGUCUCAAAGUUUUAAUCAUAGCCAGAAAUGAGGUUAAGAGCACAAAAGAUUGCAUCCCUUAAAACACCAAACAAAUAUUAUAUCCAACACUCAUCUCAAUUCUUAAAGUCUACCAAAAUAUUCUAUUUAUGAAAGUAAUUCACACUUCUCUGAACAGCCAGCAAAGGCUGCUAAAUAGAAAGGAAACCUAGUGAAUUUUUUAUUGUGCUUUGUUUUGUUGUCAUUCUUUUCUGAACAAUAGUAUUUGUACAUUUUAAACAGCAGUAUUACUCUAAGCAGUGUGCUUCAAUAUGUGAAUUAACUUGUUCAGAUUGUGGCUACUAACCAACAUCGGUGUAACGAUCAGUGUUUGGAUACAUGCUUUCUACUAGCAAACAGUUCUUUGAGCUUUGCUGGUAGAAAACGAAAUUCUGUAAGCAGUGCAUCCUGUUUGCUACUAAUGAUAAGAGUCUAAAGUGUAUAUACCAUGCAGCAGCUCCGCGUAUAACAGGAUAACCAACUGGGUUCUCAAAGUACUACAGAUUCAGAGUUUAUUGGGUUUAAGAGGAAUGCUGCAAGUAGCUAAACCAGUGUAAUAUGUGUUAGUAAAAUAACUAAUAUUUCUUUAAAAACAAAAAUGAAGUACAAAAUCAAAACACGAAACUUUUCACUAAUUCUUUGUCCUUUGUGGUAAGUUGCUAUUUCUUUGUAAUGAUGUUAUUGCUUAUGUGGCACACUAUGGAUAACAAUACACUUUACAAAACUAGAGUAUUAAAUGCAAUGGUCUGUGGCAUUCUGUGCAUAUCCUGUGAAAUGUGGCAUCAAUUAAAAAUACCUGUCUUUA